AUUAGUGGAUGCUUAUAUGGUAAUGCAUUUGCUAGAACUUCGUUUGAAACACAUAUUUUGCAGUAGUCAAAGGGUAUAGAGAAAUGGAAGACUAUGUUAAAAAGACAAUUGUUGUUGGAGUUGUUUCAUGGGCAUCAACUUUUGUUGUAGUGAGGAGAAUCUUUCCCAAACGCUCUUUUGAUUUCUGCAACCGCGUUGUGUCUACGAUCCAUGCAACUUUGGCUGUGACAUUGGCUUCACUCUCUGUUGAAGAUUGGAGGUGUCCAAUCUGUCCUAUGGCUUCAAAAUCUUCUCCUCUGCAGAUGCAAGUUCUAGCAGUGAGCCUUUCAUAUCUCAUUUAUGAUCUAGCUUGUUGUCACUUUGAUGAAAGAGUGAAUCUAGACAACACCAUCCACCAUUUGGUAAGCAUUGUUGGACUUGGAGCAGGUCUUUGCUAUCAAAAGUGUGGCUCAGAAAUGGUGGCGACAAUAUGGAUAACAGAGAUAUCAAGCCCAUUUUUGCAUUUAAGGGAGCUUUUAAAGGAGCUUGGUUAUAGGGAUACCCUCAUUAAUUUGGCUGCUGAUAUCCUAUUUGCUGCCAUAUUUACAUUUGCUAGGAUGUUGAUCGGACCGUUUAUCACAUAUGCAACUUUAUCUGCCAACAACCCACUUCUCAUAAAGGCUAUGGGACUGAGUUUGCAGCUGGUAAGUGCAUUCUGGUUCUUCAAAAUCGUAAGAAUGGUAAAACACAAAUUAACCAAGAGAACAACAUCGAAGAAUGGCAUCAAACAAGCCAAUAUCAAGAGGAAGUCGACUAACUCAAAAUUGCGACAUAGCUAGCUUUCUCUGUUUGACAUUUUCACAUUCUGUCCACAUCAAAGAGACUGCAUAAAAGGAGACGUCACUGAAUUAAGUAUAUGUUAUUUUGCAGCUGUUUGACAGCUGAAUUUGAUUGCUUUGUGUACCUGGGCCACAUCU